GAAAAAAUCUUAUGAAUUUUGUAUCUUAGGCUCAGUCCGUCUCUGUGUGACGAUCGGAUCUUCGGAUUGGCUGUUUGAACAGUGGGGAAAUUCAUGUGGUGGGGGUUCGACCAAAGUACAUUUUAAGGUUAUGAGAGCUGAUUUUGUUGUGAUUUGUGAAACCAUUGCUGACAAGAUUUGAAAAUUUAAAUGUAUUCAGGAAGGACAUUUUAAGAUUUGGAAUUACAUAAAAUUUAGGGAGAAGCGUUUGAAUGAUAAUAAAAUAAAUCUAAUUAGCCAUGAAUUUCAAAUCAACGCUCAAAGUAGCAAAACAAAUCCAAAUAGCAACUCGUCAUUUCUCUGACCAGCAGUUUCCAAAAAUAACAACCCACUACACAGUAUACCCAAGGGAGAAUGACCCAAGAUGGAAAGAGAUCGAGAUGGAAAGGUUCGCAGACGAAACGGACAUUUUGAUAGUGGGCGGCGGUCCAGCCGGGAUGAGUGCCGCAAUUCGAGCAAAACAGCUGGCUGAACAAGAUGGGAAGGAGCUGAGGGUGACGUUAGUCGAGAAAGCUUCCCAGGUAGGAGGCCACAUACUGUCGGGAGCUGUCAUACAGCCGAACGCCUUGAACGAGCUGAUCCCCGAUUGGCAGGAAAAGGGGGCGCCACUAAAAACACCUGUCACCGAGGAUAAGUUUGGAUAUCUGACAGAGACUGGAAGGAUCAAUAUACCCGUGUUUCCAGGUACACCAAUGUAUAACCACGGUAACUACAUUGUACGCCUUGGUCACGUGGUACAGUGGCUGGGCGAACAGGCCGAAGCAAUGGGCGUGGAAAUCUACCCGGGCUAUGCUGCCUCAGAGGUGCUUUACCACGAAGAUGGUAGCGUGAAAGGCAUAGCAACGAACGACGUCGGCAUAGCGAAGGAUGGGAGCCCGAAGGAGAGUUUUGAAAGAGGUAUGGAACUUCACGCUAAGUGUACGAUAUUUGCGGAAGGGUGUCACGGACACCUGACCAAACAGAUAAUAAAAAAGUUCAGUUUGCGAGAAGGCAGUCAAACGUACGGAUUAGGUGUGAAGGAGCUUUGGGAGGUAGAUCCAGCAAAACAUAAUCCCGGUAGAGUGGAGCACACUUUCGGAUGGCCGCUAGAUCCUCACACGUAUGGCGGCUCAUUUUUGUACCAUCUGAAUGAAGAUACGCCAUUGGUGGCUGUAGGAUUCGUGGUGGGACUGGACUAUAGCAAUCCUUAUCUGAGUCCGUUCAGGGAGUUCCAGAGGUUUAAACACCAUCCAUCAGUAAAGCCAGUAUUUGAAGGCGGAACAAGAGUAGCAUAUGGCGCCAGAGCUCUAGUAGAAGGCGGUUUUCAAAGUAUACCAAAACUAACAUUCCCUGGCGGCUGUUUGGUCGGAGAUACCGCAGGUUUUUUGAACGUGCCAAAAAUCAAAGGCACCCACAACGCAAUGAAAAGUGGAAUGUUAGCUGCCGAAAGCGUAUACGAAACUAUCAAUGGAGAAAAACAAGAGACUGAAGGCUUCCAGCCAACUAUAUAUGAAGAAAAAAUAAAAAAUAGUUGGAUUUGGAAAGAGUUGAAAGCUGUGAGGAACGUCAGGCCGAGUUUCCACAAUCCAUUCGGAUUGUACGGAGGACUGGUUUAUAGUGGGUUCACUGUAGCUGUGAGAGGACUUGAGCCUUGGACUUUCAGCCAUGGAGAUCCUGACAACAAGCGUUUGAAACCGGCCAAGGAAUGCAAGCCGAUAGAGUAUCCUAAGCCCGACGGAAAAAUCAGCUUCGAUCUGUUAUCGUCGGUUGCUUUGACUGGUACGAACCACGAGGGCGAUCAACCGGCUCAUCUCACCCUGUAUGAUGAUACCGUUCCUACGAAAGUCAACCUCGACGUUUAUGAUGGUCCUGAAGGAAGAUUCUGUCCAGCUGGCGUAUAUGAAUUCGUGCCAAAUGAAAGCGGCGAAGGACAGCGGUUACAGAUCAAUGCUCAGAACUGCAUCCACUGCAAAACGUGCGAUAUCAAGGAUCCGACGCAGAACAUUAACUGGGUCGUUCCCGAGGGCGGCGGCGGACCUGCUUACAAUGGAAUGUGAAAGGCACAUCGCUCUACUUUUAAAAUUUUCUUCCGUCAUUGAUGAGUAAAACCAAUGUUGUGGCCUAGAAUUGGAAUCAACUCAGGGUUUUGUUCCUGCACUUGUCAAAAAUACCGCGAAACGAGGGCUUUUCUGCCAAUCCAGGUGCCAUUAGCAGCUUGACACCCUAAAUCACGCAUUAUAUUAUUUUAACUUAAACUUGAAUUAACUACUAAACGUAAGGUAUGUAGGAAAAAGGGUUCUAUUUUGUAAACUGGUGAUCCCAAAAUUUGCAAACCAAAUGAAGGCCUGAUACACCUUCUCAACCAGUCGUCUACCGCAAACCCAAUUCUUCCUCCUUCCAUCGAAGGAAAGGUAUUUUUAGCUGGACUAACUAUAAUCAACAAAGUUAUGGCCGAUCAUGGGUAGACACGUAUUUUCUAGAGCCAAUCAUUAAAAGAAUAAAUCAGCGUUAUUUUACGAAUGGCAUCGGCUCUUCAUCCAAAUGAAAAUUGAAUUUUAUAGAGCGCACAUUUCUUCACAGCCAGCAAAUCGCUUGGCGGGAUACCAGCCACCACCAGCAGUGCAUCGGUCGGCACGGUUCUGUAAGCGCAGUACGACUUUUCGCUGCCUUCUCAAUAUUAGCUGUCUGUAUUUCUUUUUUCUCGAUGCCUUGUUAUAUAUAGGAGCUCCGUACAGCAUAAUCGAGUUUGCUCUCACUACUGAGGCCUCCAUCAGGUGGCGUCAGCCGUAUCAGAGAUGCAACGCCCUUAUUUACCUUGCCAGUGGUGCGCCUUAUAUUUCAAUCAUUAUCAGAUCUUUGUCAAGCCGCAUUCCCAGAUACUUAAUUGUACUUUGGCUCCGAAUAUCGAAAUUAUCAACCUUAACAGCUAAUGAAGUCAGCUUCUGUCUGCCAGAAAGUAUAACUCAGAAUAAGAAUAUGGUAGUUCUCGUGAAUCCGUAUGCCAAGAGUCCUUCAAGUGUAUCUCGCUCCUUGCUAGUCACUAUCAUCUCAAGGUCGUCAGCAUACCCUAUCAAGUGAAUUCCCGGCAGCAUCCGUAGAAAACAUGCCAAAACAACGGCCCUAGGACGGAGCCCCGUGGCACUCCCAUGGUUACAUUCAUCUUGUUCUCUCGUCAAAGUAGCUCUUUAUCAUGUCCAAUAGAUAGCUAGGGGCAUCUAGCUUCUCGAGAGAUCUAUAGCAGACUCUCUCUAUCUGAAUCUUAGUAUUCCCGAUUCCCAAAAUGUCAGCGAAAUUCUUUCAAAAUGAUCUGUAUGCGACAGGUGCUGAUGGCUUCCAGCGAUUGGAAGGCCCUCGAAUAUCACGCAUUGAAAUUUCAAUUGUCACGUAGUUCACAUUUAGAAUGGAACAUAAGGAAUAUCUUCUUAUAUAUGGAUCGUGUAUCACGUUCAAAUAUAGUUAUAGAACUUUUAUAAGAAGCUGUCUAUUUUAUUAAAAUAUUUAUUGUGGAUGUUUGCUCUUUAAAAGCGUUAUACCUUAAAAAGAUUGUAUAUAUUUUUUGUUACAAUAAACAUUUUUAAUUUUUA